CGGGACUUUAGUUUAAGCACGGGUGGGUGCACUUUUGAACCAGCAAAGGCACGGCAAGGAACUUUUUAGUAACUUUCAUGAAUUGACAGAGAAAAAGCAUGCACUUCUGAGUGUUAAGUGACAAACACAUAGUGGUCAAUUUCUUUCAAAAGCGAGCACUGAAACCAGUGCUAACAUGUAGCUUCACUACUAGCAUGUGCAGCUAACUAAGCUAACGGUGAAUUGGGAGAGAGAGUGACACUAGGAUGGGAAUGCUGCUGUAGCAAGGCUGUGCCAGAACUGAGGGCAAUCUUUCACCCCUCUGCUGCAUUUAGAACCGCUACUCAUUUUUUUCGUAGCAGCUUGACAGCAGAUAGGUUUGACAAGAAGACAAGACGUUGGAUAUGCCCUGCGUUCGUGCGUGAGUAGAGCCUGGCACAAUGUUCAGACAAGUGGAUGCCUCAUCCAAAAGACGCCCUUGUGGUGGAAGUGGGCUGCCCCAGCCUUCACCGCCCUCCUCCUCUAUCCAGCAGGGUCGUAUACGGGCUGUGGAGGUGGCGAGAGGUAGAACAGGGUAUGGCUUUACACUGUCAGGCCAAAGUCCAUGUGUCCUCAGCUGCAUCCUGAAAGGGAGCCCUGCAGACUAUGUAGGUUUGCGUUCAGGAGACCACAUCCUCUCCGUCAAUGACAUCAAUGUCUCCAAGGCAUCGCAUGAAGAUGUAGUCAAACUGAUUGGGCGCUGCUCUGGUGUCUUGAAACUGGUCAUCGUUGAGGGAGAACGUCAGAGGCGGCACCAUCACCACCACCAACAACGCACUACUGGAAGUCGUCACCAUAGCAGCAACACAAUGGCAGCAUCAUACCCCGACUCAUGCUCAAGUGAUGAUGAGUUGGAUGGUUUUUAUGACAACAGUGUUAACAACAACAAUAACAGCAGGUCAGGCUGCGCUGGAACCCGUGGGGGGUGGUACAAACCCAAACUGGAUUCUAAGCAGCUGGGCAUCAACAGGGCAGAGAAGGUUGUGGCAGAGCUGCAGUCUGGAGGAAUUUUUAACAUGAUCUUUGAGAACUCAAGCCAGUCCUCCAGCAGCUCAGACAAGGACAGACCUGGGGCCAGCUCAUCAUCAAAGCCACGUCCGCUGUCUGAUCCAGAGUUCCCUGCAUAUGGGAACUCCUCCCGUUCCCAGAGCAACCCCAACCUCCUCUCGGAGGAGGAGAUGGUCCAAGUUCUGAACGACGACUCAGUCUUCCUGGACGCAGACUUCCGUCAUCUCCACCUUCAACACCACGAAGAGCAAGACUUGGAUGUAGGAGAUGGGGGUGACUUGGGCCUAGAGCCCAGCGAGGGCAUCCUCAAUGUGGGCAUGAUUGUUGGCUAUCUGGGCUCCAUUGAGCUGGCCUCCAUAGGGUCAAGCUUAGAGAGUGACAGCCUGCAAGCCAUCAGAUGCAGCAUGAGGCGCCUCCGGGCCGAGCAAAAGAUCCAUUCACUGGUCCUUAUGAAGGUCAUGCACGACAGCGUGCGUCUGUGCAGUGACAGAGGUCAGGUCCUGGCCACCUAUCCAGCAGAAAAACUAGCCUUCAGCGCCUGUUGUCCCGAUGACCGUCGAUUCUUCGGACUGGUCACGAUGCAGGCCACCGACGACCACGAAGAUUGUCACUUCAGCAACGGACGAGAUGAAGAGGGCAGUUUGAGGACUUCCUGUCACGUGUUCAUCGUGGACCCAGACCUCUGUCAGCACCAGGUCCAUUUAGGUGUCGCGAGGAGGUUUGGCUUCGAGUGCACCCCCGACCCAGACACAGGAGGCUGCCUGGAAUUCCCGCCCAGCUCUCAGCCUCUCCUCCAGUUUGUCUCUGUCCUGUACCGGGACAUGGGGGACAACAUUGAGGGGGUCCGGGCCCGGGCCUUCCACGAUCCAGACAACGACGCCCAGCAGAACCACAGCACCAGCAGCAACAGUGACAGCGGGAUCGGCAACUUUUUACCAGAAGAAAAGAGCAACAGAGUGCUUUUAGUAGACCUCGGAGGUCCCCCUAGCCACAACCACAUCUCGGGGCCACGCCACUGGGACAGCCCACCGUCAUCCCAGCAGGCCUGGAGCCCCACCCUAGGAGCCGCAGCCCCUCACCCACCUCCUCCUCCUCCUCCUCCACCAGCUCUGAGAAAUGGCCACUACCGUCACGAGCCACACCUGGCUGACCUCCCUCACCCUCUCCCCUUGGCUCACCCUGACGUCCCCGGCAGGCACUCUCGAGGAGUCCACCCACACCACUACUCACCAGGGAGGCGGGGAGGAGCUGUGGGGGGAGGAGAUAAGAGAGGGGGUGGAGGAGUAGGAGCAGGGGUGGAGCCGCAGCGGUGGCUGCCAGUCCAUGUGCUGAGAGACUGGCGUCAGCAGCACCAUCACAGCCACCUCCAGGGUCUGAGCAGCGAUCAGGAGUCCUACGCCGAAUCCACCGACGGAUGGUCAUCAGCUAACUGCAGCACCCUGCCACCACCCAUGAAUAAGAUCCCGGCCGAUCGCUACCGGGCCCCACUGGCCCCCGGAGAUCACCUGCCACCACCUGGAGGGAGCCAACCUCCUCCUCCUUCACAUCCCCACUCCCACACCCACCGGCUGGCUGUUCAGAAAGAUGAGUGGGCUAAGAAGCUAUUUGGUGCUGGAGACAGGGAGAGAGCCGGAGCGGAGAGAGGUGAAAGAGAGAAGAAACGAGGGAAUGCAAAGGAGGGAGAGAAAAAGGGUGGUCGGUUCCGCGGUCUGACCAUGGGCUUCCCUCCUCUCCCCCAGCGCUCCUCAGCCAGACGCUCCUUUGGACGCUCCAAACGUCUCAGCCUGGCCCGUUCUCUGGAUGACCUGGAGUCCGCCGCAGUCUCCGAUGGAGAACUUAACAGCGUGGAGCUGCAGGGCUGCAGCAGCGACAACAGUCUGAACAGUAAUGCCAGCCUGCCCAGCGUUCAGAGCCACCGGCGCCACACGGAGAGGAGAGUGGCCAGCUGGGCUGUCUGCUUCGAGAGACUGCUGCAGGACCCCGUGGGAGUCCGCUACUUCUCGGAGUUCCUAAAGAAAGAGUUCAGUGAGGAGAAUAUCCUCUUCUGGCAGGCUUGUGAGUUCUUCAGCCACGUCCCUGAGAAUGACAAGAAGCAGCUCUCUCAGCGUGCCAGGGAGAUCUACAACAGCUUCCUGUCCAGUAAAGCCACAACACCGGUCAACAUAGAUAGUCAAGCCCAGCUCGCUGACGACAUACUCAACGCCCCCCGACCUGACAUGUUCAAGGAGCAGCAACUGCAGAUCUUCAACCUGAUGAAGUUCGACAGCUACACGCGUUUCCUUAAGUCUCUGCUGUACCAGGAGUGCAUGCUGGCGGAGGUGGAGGGGAGGCCCCUGCCUGACCCUUACCACAUACCCAGCAGCCCCACCUCCAAACACAGCACCACAGGCUCCGACCGCUCCAAUCUCUCCACACCCAAGAAGGAGGACAAAAAGAGCAAGUCGGGCAGAUCUUUAAAUGAGGACAGUCGGGAUGAUUCAGGAGACCGGAAGAAAGGCAUGUUUUUCUCCUGGUCUCGCAACAGGAGCUUCGGCAAAGGCCCGAAGAAACGAGAGCUGGCUGACUUUAACUACAAUUUCUCUGGCAGCAAUGGUCGCCGAGAAUCCCAGGGUUCACUGUCUUCAGGAGCCAGUCUGGAGCUGGGGACGUCAGGGUCAGGGAGGAACGAGGGUGAUGUUUCCCGUGGCGCAGUAUCAGUGUCAACUGAGCGGGGAGGGGGCAGCGCCCCCUUGAGGCAGUGUAACAUAAGCUUGCCCGAUGGCUCAUGUUGCUCUGUGCCACUGAGGGCCGGAGUGUCCAUCAGGGACCUGCUGCUUGGUCUCUGUGAGAAGCUCUGCAUCAACCUGGCAGCUAUAGACCUCUUCCUGGUCGGUGGGGAGAAGCCACUUGUUUUAGACCAAGACUGUAUGACAUUGUGCUCUCGGGAUCUCCGUCUAGAAAAACGCACUCUCUUCAGACUCGACCUGGUCCCUAUCAACCGUUCGGUGGGCCUAAAAGCAAAGCCCACUAAGCCAGUGACUGAGGUCCUCAGGCCUGUGGUAGCCAAAUACGGCCUGCACCUUGCUGACUUGGUGGCACGCAUUAGUGGGGAGUUGGAGCCGUUAGAUCUAGGUCUUCCUAUAUCCAACCUGGACGGGCUGCGAGUAGUAUUAGAUAUUGCAGAAAACACUCCUGGAAAAGCAGACAAACAGAAAGUAGCUCCCUCUAAGAACCUCGUCCCGGCCUCAACAAGCAGAAACCAAUCGGCAACAGGGGAGGACAGGCCAUCAGGGAAAGCCGGUUCAGCCCACCCCCAUGGGGAAAACGGCAAGACUGGGCCCAGCCCUGACACAAGCAGCCAGCCCUUCCCCAACCACUCUGUCUCUCUCCAUAAGGCUCCGGAGAAAAGAAAACAGAAAAAGAUUAAUAUAGACGAAGCUGAAGAGUUCUUCGACCUCAUAUCCAAAGCUCAGAGCAACCGAGCAGACGACCAGCGAGGCCUGCUAAACAAAAGCGACCUGCAGCUCCCAGACUUUCUGCGCCUGUCACCAGUGGCAACCAACCAGGCUGCGCCUCCUCCCUACGGUCCUGAGCCCAGUUGCUCCACCCCUUAUUCCCGUAACCCCAACAACGGCAACUUCCCUAGCAGCGGUCGCCGGGGCAAUAAGGCGAACAGCAACGACAGGGGAGGAGGAGGCGACAACCACUUGCUCAACUCGAGCUAUCAGUCCCAGAGCUUGGACUCUGCACUGGGAACUGAGAGUGGAGGGGGGAGUAAAGCCCGACCACCUCCUCCGUUUCCUGGCACCAUCUCCCCCAUCCACCCGUCCCAGAGUGGCCAGCGUGGUCUCCUUCAGGACUCUGGCAGGGGAGAAUCGGCCCAGAUGCUGGAGGAGGACACGCUGUCUGAUCUAACUCUUGUGGGAGAGGGGGACAUUAACAGCCCCAGCCUCAACUAUGUCACUCCCUCUGCCCUACAGUGCAAACCCCACCCCCGACCCCAACAACAAGCACAGGACGGGCGGCCUAGCUCAGGUACUUUCCCUGUGUGAACUCUAAAUACUUUUGAACUUUCACCUCUUCCUUCACCUGACUGGAGACCCAAUAAAGUCAGUUUGAAGUUCCUCAUUGGUUACACUCGGCCCAGAAUGCAUCCAGAUCUCCUCCCUUUAUUUCAUAAAUCCCUUUCCAAAACUACAGAACAUUUCAUUCCAGAAGUGUAAAAUACAGUAAGCAAUGUAAAAGACUGAGCUUUCAUCACAUUAUGUAUGCUCUACCUUGUGCCCAGCAAAGACUAUAAGUCAACAACAGCCUUAAGAUAAACUAGAUCAGACACAUGAAGAGAGGAAAAAAUGGAUGCAUUAGGCUUGUCCAGACAUUUCCCUGCGUGGUUUAUAUCUGUGUGAACUUUUGAGUGGAUUUUUUCUGUAGACGUAAGCUUGAGUUGGUGAUGACCAGUGCCAAACUCCCUCCUCCACCCCCAACCCCCUCUAGUGUACAGAAUCUAACAAUGCACUUUAGCCAAUUACAAACAAGACUUCACAGAUCUUUACCCAUUUUUAAAAAAUUAUUUUCUCCUUGCUUUUUUUUUAACAUGUCAAAAUGUCUGUUUCGUACAGGUGGUUGAGCUGCCAUAGGUUGAGAAAACAAUUGAUGUAUUUGCUAAAAAACACUAGCUGUUCAGAAUCCACAGUGGUAUGGAGGCUACAUUCGUGCACAUCUAAGUGACUUAUAUAUUAUUUUCAAUGUAUUACAUGCUUUUGAGCACACUGCAUGCUGACACGGCUGGCCUGACCCCAUAAAUACAUACACAUGCUACAGUACCAUGAACACACAUUUGCUCAGCUGUUCUUUUUUCGACUCGAGCACAGUACAUUCUGUGUCUCCACCACCGCUCUCUUACCUCAGGCCUUUCUCGUGUCACUCUUAAAAAAAAGACCGCAGCGAGUGCGCACACAUGCCAUCUCGCCCUCUGACCAAAUGAUCCAGAAGCGUCUGCACUGACUGUACAUGACCAGUUUUUCAUCCCCCAUUUUUCCUCUUUGCACUACAUCACACGGCAGCAUCUGUUUUUUCCACAGCCUAGCAAUCCAACAGUGUUCUGAACUGUCUUUCCCUGAAAGGUUUAAGCUGGACAAAUUUAGACUAACAAGUCAAACCGUUUCACUAUUUAAAGGUUUCACUUACUUUAUCCUGUACUAUAUUCUCAAGAAGUGAUUAAGUUAUCCCACGUCCUUUUCAUUUUUACAAUCUAUCAGUUAAAAGUAUUAAUUUGUAUAUAGUCAACUUUGUGAAAUCACCUUAUUGCUGUAGUCAUUGUUGAACUGCAAUGCAGCCAUGUUGUUUCUUCAGUUGUGUCACAACAGAAAUCAAUUCUUGUCUCUUCUUUUCAGUUGACUGUACUGUCUGUAAAUAGAUCAAAUAAAUGUUUUAGAGGUUGAACUCUCUGUAGAGCC